UUCUGCGCUGCCCACAAAUAUUUUGAUAGCAAAGAGAGGUACAACAAAAUGCGACGCAGUACUUUGUCAGUAUAAAGUUAAACAAGAAAAGUUCAGAUUAACCCAACAAUUGUGGUGGCAUUUUCAGUGAGAAUAAAGGUGGAAGAUAUCAAUCAAAUAAUAGUUAUCUUGUAUUUGGUCAGGAAACAUCUGAGUAGAUAUGGAACGUCAGACAGGAAGUAACUUAGAGAGCCAGAGGCCAAAUGUCCUCUCAUCUCUCUACAGUGUUCUGUUCAUCCUAAGUUCUCUUCUUGUGGGAUUUGCAGCUUUUAGAAACACUCUCACUUGGCAUCUUCAGCGCUUCUGGGGAGCUUCUGGAGAUUUUUGGCAGUCGCAAUGGGAUAAAUUUCUCGAUAUUACAGGCGAAGAUGACUUUACUCUCUGGGUCAUUGGGACCACAGCCCUGACGAUCUUUGUCUACUGGUUCUUUGGUGGACUAUACACCAUCAUGGACAUCACGAACAAACCCGCAGUCUUGCGGAAGUACAAGAUCCAGCCGGGAACUAAUGAACCUGUGGAUAACAAGAGGCUCAUGGAGGUCAUUGUCACGGUUCUGUUCAAUCAGUUCGUCGUGGGUAUUCCCAUGAGCCUCUUGGCAUACAAGAUAAUGACUUUUAGAGGCAUUGUGCCCAAUCGAGAGCUCCCCACAUUCCACUGGGUUCUCCUGGAGUUGGCUGUGUGCAUCCUGGUGGAGGAGGUUGGCUUCUACUACUCCCAUCGCUUCCUCCACAGCAAGCACAUCUACAAAUUCAUCCACAAGCAGCAUCACGAAUGGACAGCUCCGAUAUCCGUCACUGCAAUCUAUUGCCAUCCCAUUGAGCACAUCUUCAGCAAUGUUCUCCCACCCUUCCUUGGGGUCUUGAUUAUGGGCAGUCAUGUGGCUACUGCCUGGCUAUGGUUCUCCCUGGCCAUUCUGUCCACUCUAAAUGCUCAUUCCGGCUACCAUUUGCCCUUCUUUCCCAGUCCAGAAGCCCACGAUUUCCACCAUCUCAAAUUCAACAACUGCUUCGGUGUCCUCGGAGUUCUUGAUCGCCUACAUGGAACAGAUUCCAUGUUCCGUCACACUAAAGCCUACACCAGGCACAUCAUGAUGCUCAGUUUCACGCCACCUCGUGAAGCUUUCCCUGAUUCUCCCAAGAAAUCCAUGUAAAUACCCUCCGGAAGUUCAACACUCUCUUAAGACGAGUUUCCGGAGGUUCUAAACAAGUCUAAAAAAAAAAAUAUAGAACGUGACACCAGUGUGACAACUUUUCCACACACUGCAUUUUUAGGAGAUUGUUUGUGAUUAAAUGGAAAUCAAAUUGUGAUAGAUAGAAGUUAUACAGGAGAUGAGAACAAUUCUAUAGGGAAAGAACACACAUUUACUAUAAAAGAAAAACUGAUGAUGAUUUUUUUUUCUUUGCGGACACACGCAAAAUAUUUAGAAAAUAAUUAUGGGCAUUUCUUUCGCUUUGUGGGGCUUAUUUUAACUGCACAAAAAUGAAUAAAUAUGGUGCGUAAUUGUGAGAGCUUAAAA